CAGCUGUGCACAUGUGAGCAGCAUCAUGUCUCCUCCAGGAGGGAAAAUCAACAGACCCAAAACAGAGUUGGGGAAGAAGCUUUUCAAGCGGCGGCGAGUUCUGGGCAGAGACAAGAGGAAGAAACAUCAGAUAGUCGGCGCCGUGGUCGACCAGGGUCUCAUCACCGUCCAUCACCUGAAGAAGAGAAAGUCGAGUCCGAGAGCGAACAUCACUCUGUCUGGAAAGAAGAGGAGAAAGCUGCUCAAACAGCUGCAGCACAUGCAGCAGGAGAAGAGCGGCAUGGAAGUUGAAGCAGCAGCAGCAGCAGCAGCAGCGCCGCCACCGAAGAAACAGGACACAUCUGCUUCAACCAAGACGAAGAAGAAGAAGACGAAAACCGCCGGGUCCAAACAGGACGUAGAGAUGGCCGACGCUGAAUGAAGCGACGGCAGAAGAAGAAUCGGCUGUUUUUUAGGGCAGCGUCCCGUCGAGGAAACGCUGAAAUAUGAUCGAGUUGUUUCUCUGAGCAAACACGACAAAGUGAAAUCUGUUGGUUGAGUUGUUGUCUGCACAGGUUUGAGUCACUCGGAGGGUUUUUAUAGAAAGAUAAAGAGACUAUAGACUCUUUCUAUUUCUAUUUCUGCUAUAAAAAGAGAAAAUAAACAGUUAUGAA